AUGUCCACAGAGACCUUGAAGAUCAGCGAUGGCACCACCAUGGAGAUUGCGCGGCUGCCAGACGUAGAUGACCAGACCUGGGCUGAGGUGAAGGCUUUUGUUGAGGGCAACCCUGACACAGCUAAGACCCUUCAAGGCUUCGCCAAGAAUCCAGAGGCCAUGAGGGGCUGGUUGCAGACGCAAGCCAUCGCAGAGCACUACAACACAAAAUUGUCCGCCGGUGGGGACAACAACCCCGUGCAAGAGAAGGUGAAAUCCCUGGAGACUGAUCCCGAGUUGGCAGCCGUCUUUGAGGACAUCAAGAAGAACGGCAUGGAGGCAGCGAUGAAGUACUACCAGGACGAGGAGUUGAUGCUGAAGAUCAGCCAGAAGAUGGGUGGCUUGCCUGCGGAGCUGUCGCCGGUUCUGCAGAAGAUUGAGGACACGGCAAUGACCCUGCACGAAGCUGCCAAGAGGGGGGAUCUUGCUGCUGUGAAGAGCUUCCUGGAGAAGAAGAAGCCGCUGGAUUCGCAGGACUUCAAGGGAAUCACUCCUCUCGGUUAUGCCAUCGGAGCCAACAGGAUCGCCGUGGUGAAGCUUCUUUUGGACAACAGGGCAAAUCCUUAUGCCGUUGACAGCGCCGGGAACAGCGGGCUGCACUACGCAGCCGGCUAUGGCCGCAAGGAGCUCUUGGAGUAUCUCCUGAAGGUUGGUGCAAACGUGAAUCAGCCGAACGCUCAGGGCAUGACGCCUCUGGCUGCAGCCACGCAAAACCAGCAGGAAGCCACCAUCCAGGUGUUGAAGGCGCACGGUGCGCAAUGA